AUGAAUACUCCAAUUAGGAGAGUUGAACAAUUAGAAGCACCAUAUUUAGGGAUGCUUUUUGAAACAAUAGAAGAAGCCAGAAAGUAUUAUGAAGAUUAUGGUCGGCAAGAAGGAUUUUGGAUUCGAACUCAAUCUUCAAGUAAGACAAGAUCACAUUCGGACGAGGUGACUAGUUGUCAUUUCGUUUGUGCACAUCAAGGAAAAUAUAUCUGGAAGAAAAAGAUUAAUGAGGAGUGGAGAAAAAACCAGCAGAGAGAGACUUGUGAGAAUGAGAAUGAAAUUGGAGAUGAGAAUGGGAAUGAGAAUGUUGAUAAAGGCAGAGAUAUGAAUAUAAAGAAAGUAGGUAAAAAUUGUUCUACAGCGAAAUGUGGGUGCAAAGCUAGUAUGCGAGUCAUUCAUGAGAAGUGGUCGAACAAAUGGAGAGUAUCUGUUUUUAGGGACUUUCACAAUCAUAAACUAGUUACUCCAGCAAGAAGAAUGAAGAUGAAGUCAAAUAAACAUAUGCCUAAAGCAGCGAGGAGUAUGACUGAAAUAUUCCAUAAAGAAAAUUUGCCGAUUGCAAAAGUUCAUUCAAUCCUUGGUGGUGCUCAAAUUGGUUUUAACAAAAGAGAUUGUUAUAACCACUUAAGAAAUGUUCGUCACAGACAAUUGGAUGGAGGAGAUGCUCAGUCAGUCCUCACUUACUUCAGGAAAAAGCAAGCUGAGAAUCCCCAAUUCUUUUAUGCAAUCCAAUGCGACGAAGAUGGAAGAGCAACUAAUUUCUUUUGGGUCGACUCUCGAUCACGGACAGCUUAUGAAUAUUUUGGAGAUGUGGUCACAUUCGACACAACUUAUAGGACAAACAAGUAUGAUAUGCCGUUUGCGCCAUUCACAGGAGUAAACCACCACUGGCAAUCAAUACAAUUCGGCUGUGCACUUCUACAAGAUGAGACGGAGGCUACCUUUUUUUGGUUAUUUGAGACAUGGCUAGAAGCAAUGGGAGGUCGUCAUCCAAUUUCCAUUAUUACUGACCAAGACUUGGCAAUGAAAGGAGCAAUUGCCAAGAUAUUUCCAAAUACUCGCCAUCGUUUAUGCCUUUGGCAUAUCAAGAAGAAGUUUGUUGAGAAGCUGUCCCAUGUGUACUAUAAGAAAUCGAAAUUUAAGAAGGAGAUGAAGAAAUGUAUUCAAUUAACAUACAAGACUGAAGAUUUUGAAGAAAAAUGGAAGACUUUGAUGACAGAAAAUGGAUUGGAAGAAAAUGAAUGGUUAAAUAAUCUUUAUGAGAUACGUACUUCUUGGGUGCCUGUUUAUCAUCGUGGAACAUUUUUUGCAGGAAUGAAUACUACUGGACGUAGUGAGGGAAUUAAUUCAUUUUUCGAUGGAUUUGUUACUUCAACAACAAAUCUUAGAGAAUUUGUUGUUAAAUAUGAUCAAGCACUAAAGAGGAUUAUAGAUAAUGAAAGUGAUGAAGACUUUGAAACAGAACACAAGUUUCGUAUCGUGAAUGAUGAUGAAUUCCUUUUGAAAGAUGCAGCAAAGUUGUAUACCAGAAAUGUUUUCAACAAAUUCAAGGUACAAUGGAGUCAAAUUAAGCACUACAAGGUUGACGAAAGGGAAUGCGACAAUGAAUGGCACUCAUACCUGGUGAAAAAAAGACUUGGAGAACAUGAGCAAGAUUUUAUGGUGAAGUUAGAUUUGACAACAUACAAGGGUUCUUGUGAGUGCCAAAACUUUGAGUUUGUUGGAAUACUUUGUCGGCACUUGUUAAAAGUAUUUUCACGUCUGGAUAUUGAAACAAUACCAGCACAUUUUAUUCUUCCAAGAUGGAGACAAGAAGCAAACAAAUUUAGGAUAAUGGAUUCUGAAGAUUUGGUGAAAAGUGUUGGUAAAGAAGAAUCAGAAGCUGUAAGACUUAGCCAUAUGUGUCACCAAGCAACUAAAAUUGGCCUGUAUUGCUGCACCUUCAAAGGAGGGAUACACAAUCUUCAUGGAUGCUUUAAAUGA